AUGAGUCUUACGUUUACUACUCUCGACGUCUUUACAAAAACUGCCUUUGAGGGCAAUCCAUUAGCUGUGGUAACAAUCCCACCACCGAGCCAGUGCCCCCCUCUCACUCAAGACCAAAAACAACGCAUCGCCCGCGAAUUCAAUCUUUCAGAAACUGUCUUUGUCCACGAUGUUGAGAAUCGAUCCGAGUCAAGCAGGAGAAAAAUUGACAUAUUCACUCCGAAAGCGGAACUGCCUUUUGCUGGCCAUCCAACAAUCGGCACUGCAAUCUUCCUCCGUUCCCAAGGUGUCAAGGCCAUGGUUGUGAAAGCAGGAGAAAUUGACCUUGAAUUCGAUGCCACUGGCUCUGCACGUGCCGCUAUUCCACACAACGUGCGACUUCACACCCAUCGUCUCAUUCAGCCCGAGUAUGAAGCUGGUCCAGAUAACAAGAUCGCUCAAGUCUCUGCAGCUGAGAUUGGCGCGCGACUGUUCAGCAUUGUCAACGGAAUGACUUUCGCGCUAAUCGAAUUACCAUCUCUGGAUAUGUUGGCCGCUGCAAAGAUCGGAGCGAUGUCAUACAUCUCGGGAGACUUGCAAGAUGAAGGGUGGAAACAUGACUUUGACUCAAGAAGAUACUACUUUGUACUUCUCAACAGCGAAAGAUCCUCCGAUGGGAAUGGAAUUCUACAAAAGGUGCGAACAAGACUCGUCAAGCGCACAAUGGAAGAUCCUGCUACGGGAAGUGCUGCGUGUGCAUUGGCUUGCUAUUUGGCACUUCACAGGCUAUCUGAUGACUACAUUCAAUUUAGAAUCACUCAAGGUGUUGAGAUGGGUCGGGAAAGUUUAAUUCUGGUUGAUGUUGUGGUUGAGAAGAACGGUGAUGGAGAGCGUAAGGUCAAAACCGUUCACCUUGGGGGUAAUGCGGUAGAAGUCAUGAGUGGAACCCUGCGAAUCCCCUAA